CGUUUUGCAAGAAAACAACUUAUUAAUCUAAUCAAAUGUCGAUGCAAAAAGUGUCGUAUAUUGCCGUGGAGGUGGUCUUCUUGACCGCUCUUCUCGUCCUUCCUAUUGCGCUGUCCACCAACGAUGAACCUAUUCCUGCUAAUAAGGCUCAAUUAAACAGCUGGUUCGACCGCAACGUCGGCCCCUUAGCUUCCCGGGAAGGCUCUUUGGACCCCGCCGUGGUUGAGGCUGAGAAGAAUGUCACGGUGGUCCGAGUCAGAACCGACGGAAGUGGAGAUUUCAAGACUGUUACUGAUGCCAUAAAGAGCGUCCCCCAAGGCAACAAGCAUCGCGUGAUUAUAUCCAUUGGCCCUGGAAACUACACAGAAAAAGUAAAGAUCGACAGGUACACGCAUUUCAUCACAUUGUACGGAGACCCGAACAACAUGCCGGUUAUGCUGUUUGAUGGCACGGCUGCGCAGUUCGGGACCCUGGAGAGUGCCACCCUGACUGUGGAGUCCGACUAUUUCAGUGCUGUCAAUUUGAAAAUCGUGAAUUCUGCACCGAGGCCUGAUGGAAAGAGAGUGGGGGCUCAGGCGGUGGCGAUGAAAAUUGCAGGAGAAUAUGCGUCUUUCUACAACUGCAGAAUGUAUGGAUUUCAAGACACCCUUUGCGAUGACAGGGGCAAACAUUUGUUCAAAGAUUGCUAUGUUGAGGGCACCGUCGACUUCAUCUUUGGCAGUGGACAAUCCCUCUAUUUGAAUUCGGAGAUACAUGUGAUUCCAGGCGAUCCAGUGUCGUUCAUUGCAGCGCACUCGAGGUCGAAGCACAACGAGGCAAACGGGUAUGUUUUUGUACAUUGCAGGGUGACGGGCACCAACGGGACAGCGUACCUGGCCAGGUCCUGGUUCCCCUACGGUCGGGUCAUCUUUGCCUACUCUCAAUUGAGCGACGCUGUAAAUCCUCAAGGAUGGUCUAAUAAUGGUCAAAACCAUACCGACAGUACUGUAUAUUUUGGAGAAUACCACAAUGAGGGGCCAGGUUCCGAUCUUAGCAAGAGGGCGGCAUAUGGUAAGCAGCUGAGUGAUGCAGAGGUUAAGUCGUUCAUUAGCAUUGCUUAUAUUGAGGGGUCGAAGUGGUUGCUUCCUCCUGCCACACCUCAAGUAUAACUGAGUCUUGCCGACUCAAGCAGCAGAUCAAGCUCAGUUUUUGCCUCAGGAAUAGGAUGUUUUUUAUUUUAGAAUUAUCAUUCAUGACGCUUUUUUUUAUAUUAGCGUUUCUAUAAGUGACUCUAUGUAAUACUGUCUAGCUACGACAUCAUACUUAAUUACCACUAAUUAGAAUAUCAUUUCAUUAA